AUGGCGACAACGCUAGACAAGUUAGUCACAAACACACCGCUUCCGUGUGCAGUACAAGUAAACGGCAACUAUUGCGGUACUACCGAUGACUACGAUGGUCCGAUGUUGGAAGACAGAGAGGUAUUACUGUUGCAUUUUACCAAAGAAAUGCAGAGAGUAUAUGCUACUGACAAUGACGGUGUGCAGUAUACACUACCACUAACGGGGCAACAACGCUAUCAGAUAAUGCCACUGGAUUCACAUCAUGAUGAUAGGUCGUAUACAAGCAUUCGUGAAAUAAUUGAAGAUUGUCCAUUGCCACAGUAUUUACGAGUAACUAAAAGGCCAUCUACAAUACAUUGUAAGUUACUAGACUGCGACGAAGUCAUCGAAGUGAACAGAGUUGAAGAAGUCGACGGUGUUAAACAACUAUUGGUAUGCAACAAGAAUAAUUACACCAUACGUUUAUCGGAGACAGAGGAAUCCGGAGAAUAUAGCACAAACAUAACCGUAUCUCUGAAACCACUGCCAGAACUUAUCAAAGAAAAACUUCCACUGAGAGUUAAAAUCCCAUCAGACUCAUGCUCAGAGAAAGAUGACAAAAUGAACGGCAAGAUUCUGAGGUUAAAAAGUGUCGCAACAGAAAAGCACGUCAUCGCAACAAGACCAUUUCAUGAUGAGGUCUUAUCAAUUCCGCUAGCAACACCGCUUCAAGUGUUUAAAAUCACAGCCCGCGAUACUGAUGUGACGACCGUGUUCAGCGCUAUGAAAGCGCUAUACAAAUCUGUCAAUUCCACCUGGAAUAUUAAAGAUGUUGGGGCGUCGAAAUUACCCAGUUCGAUGCAGGCUGUCCCACAGCCAUUGGAAGAUGUACUACAUACCUGGGGCAAUUCUUAUCAAGGUAGACUGAAGACCGCAGACAUGUGCAGUAAAUAUACAGGGGAAGAUCAAACAGAUGCUCAUAUAUACGAACCCCUUCAGUUUAAAACAGAAAGUACUGUAAAGUGCGAUGAAAAUGAAACGGUAUAUUACUCCACCAUAAAGGAUGAAAGUAUAGAUUCGAUGAAUGAUACUCAUAAAGUAAUAGACUAUAAAUUGGUGUGCGAACACUUGAAGGGUGUGUUGUCAGUGAAAACUAAGAAGAUUUUGGAACUAGAGAGUGUCUUGGAAGAACGGGAUAAACUGGACACGCGCAUGGUCCCACCAAAGAGAAAUGAGGAGCUCAUUCAACAAGUUCGACCAAUACAGACAGAACAAAAGUUCUACACUCCACACUCCAAACAGAGGAUACUACCCCGGCUUAAUGUGCCUUUACCAGUUGUUAAAACACAGCGUAGGAGCUCAGAACCGUGCGAGCUGCAUGCUGAAAUGCAUGCAUCUGUGACAGUUAGUGACGUCUGUAGAAUGCUGUUACAACUGAAUCUAUCACAGUAUACCCCGCAAUUUGAGGAGGAGCAGAUCGAUGGUACUAUACUAGAUGCCUUAGAUGAAGAAAUUCUAACCACAGAUUUAGGAAUGUCAAGGUUACAUGCCAAGAGGUUGAAGCUCCAUUUAGCAAAGCAGAAAGCUGAACAUAGCACAGUGGUCAAAGUAUAG